AUGUCUCCCCCUGCGCUGCACACCAACUCGACCAUCCCCGACAACAGAUCAGCCUACUCGCUCGUCACCGUCCACGACGUCCUCGACGUCGUCCCCUCGCCCACCGCAGCCACCUCUCUCCUUUCUCGCCAUUCCGACGACUCUACCUAUGGCACCACCGCCCCCUCCCGCCCCUCCUCGCGUCGCAUCUUCAUGAAUGCCACCCUCAAGAUGGCCGCAAUAUUCGUCCUUAGCACAGCGUUUCUCGGAGGCAUCCUCUGGCUGGCCUUGCCGACCCUUGACGAAGACGACCGGCCGUCGCUCAAGGUCCCAAAGUCAUUCGCAGAGCUUCAGGCCCUCAACACGCUGCUCAAGAAAUACAGGGACAUCUACCCCUACCGCAUCGUCGUCUGCUAUAUCAUAAGCUAUCUCUUCCUCCAAGCCUUUUCCCUCCCAGGCUCCAUGUAUCUCUCCAUCCUCGGCGGCGCCGUCUGGGGCAUUCCCCGCGCCCUCGCCCUCGCCUGCACCUGUGUCGCCUCCGGCGCGACUCUUUGCUACCUUAUCAGCGCCGCUCUCGGCCCCGCUCUCCUCACCAUGCCCAAGUGGAAGUCACGUUUUGACGUCUGGGGCGCAAAGAUUUCCGAGCAGAAGGACAACAUAAUCUCGUACCUCAUCGUCCUCCGCAUUGCACCAUUCCCCCCGCACUGGGUCGUGAACGUCCUCUGUCCACACCUCGGCAUCGGCAUCGUCCCCUUCUGGGUCAGCACCUGGCUUGGCAUCUUCGGCGUCACCGUCAUCCAUACCACCAUCGGCGGCAGCCUCGACGAUAUGACCUCCGCCGACGACUUCCACCUGAUCUCGUGGAAGAACUUCCUCAUGCUUUCUGCCGUUGCCGUCGGCGUCAUGAUCCCGGUCGGACUCCGCUACUACUUCAAGCGGGAGCUCGUCGCGGUCGUGGACGUCGAGGCUGAGGCGGAAGCCGAGGAACGCACCGCGGCGCAGGACGGCGAUCUCGUGCUCGCCGAGGGCCCGCCUACGGUGGUGUACAAGGGCAAGGAUGCCCAGCUUAUUCUCAUCGACGAUGAGGAGAGCGAGGAGUAUUCGGAUGAGGACUCGGAUGAGGACGUCAUUCUCGAGGCCGGUCCUGCCCUCAUCGUGAAGGCACAGGGCGGCGAUGCGACCGCCGUGGGCGCAGACGAGAGACGGGACUGGCGACAGGAGGAUCUGCUGUGA